CCAAACACCCCCUCAGAUCAACGACUCUCCAUCGGUUGGGUGUACGAUCAUUUCCCAUAACCUCCGACGAUUUCUCUAAACCCUAAUAAUAAUAAUAAUAAUAAUUCCCCUAUCUUCUUCUUCUUCUGCGAUUCCAUCAUCAGGAAACCCUAACUUCUGUACACAAUUCGAUUGAUUUUAAGUUCGCGAACAUGUUGUUGGAAUGCUAGAAGACUCCGUUGACCACCAUACAUUCAUGGACACUGAUGAUUUUACAGUUACAGAACAGUUACCUCAAACCGGUUCAGACAAAUCCGAACCUAAGGCAAUCCCAGAUUCAGAUGAGGCUGUUAAGGUUGUCCAAGAACUCCCCCAACCUCAUGCAGAACCUAAAACUGAUUUAUCUGGACCAGAUGUUAAUGCAUUUCCCAACAGUGAAUUGAAUUCAUCAGAACCUGACGAGGCAAUUAAUGUGAACCCGUGUGAACACAAUAGGCUGUAUCAGAGAUCAGCAUCGUCCUGUUCUGAUAUUGCAGAAAAUGAUGGUGUUUUUUGUGGACCAUCUUCAGAUCAUUGCACUGGCGAGUUAGAAAUGGACAAUGAAGAUAUACCAGCAGUGGUAUUCUAUCCUGAGCAUAUGGUGUACCGUGAUAGUUGUUGUACAAAUUGUGUUUUAACCUUCACUAGCAGUUGCUUAAAGAUAGAAGGUUCAACUUUAGAUAAUGACGACAGUACCUUGAGAUUUCAGUGGGGUGUUCAGGAUAUACUUAGUAUCAAAUCUCAGUUGUAUGAGCUGGUAGGGAUGGCAAUGGUGACAAUUCAUGUACUUACGGAGGAUACAAUACAAGCUGAAAAUGGUGAAUCCAAUUCAGGCAAUGAGCUAAAGUUUGCAAUUGUUGGCACUAACUGGUAUGGGAGACAGGAAGCAGUCACAUCUUUGAACGUCAAAUACAAAAAUUUAUGGAGUAGUAUGCUUGAGUCAGAGAAUCCUGUCAAUGGGGACACCCAAGCAUCUUUUACAAAGUAUUUUCCCAAUUUUGAUCAGCCUUUUGAAGACAUUAUAUAUCCAAAAGGGGAUGUUGAUGCUGUUUCUAUUAGUAAAAGAGACGUUGAUUUGCUUCUACCAGACACAUUUGUCAACGAUACCGUCAUUGACUUCUAUAUCAAAUAUUUGAAGAACAAAAUAAAGCCCGAGGAGAAACACCGGUUUCAUUUUUUUAAUAGUUUUUUCUUCCGCAAGCUAGCUGACCCAGAAAAAGGUCCUCUUGAUGCCUCUGAAGGGAAGGCAGCUUUUCAACGUGUAAGAAAGUGGACCAGAAAAGUCAACCUUUUUGAGAAAGAUUAUGUCUUUAUUCCUAUAAAUUACAACUAUCAUUGGAGUCUUAUUGUAAUGUGUCAUCUUGGGGAAGUGGCCACAUACAAAGAUGAAGAUGUAACCAAGUUGACCAAAGUGCCAUGUGUUCUGCAUAUGGAUUCUAUUAGAGGCAGUCAUACUGGCCUCAAAGGUCUUAUGCAAAGCUACCUUAAAGAAGAGUGGAAAGGGAGGCUACAAGAAGAAGCAUCCGAAGACAUUUCCUCAAAAUUUGAUAAUAUACGUUUCAUUUCACUUGAGUUACCCCAGCAGCCAAAUACAUCCGACUGUGGUUUAUUUUUGCUCCAUUACGUAGAGCUCUUCUUGGAGCAAGCUCCAACUUAUUUCAAUCCAUUUCAUAUAACGAAGAGUGUCAAUUUCCUAAAUGUGGAUUGGUUUCCACCUGCUGAAGCAUCUCUCAAAAGGACGGUUAUUCAAAAAUUAGUCUAUGAUCUUCUAGAACGACCUGCUCUUGAAGCUCCUCCAUCCGUAACUGCUAAUGAUGAUAAUAUCCGUAAAAAAACUGCUGAAAAUUUCUUUCCAGAGACGUGCAAUCCUUCAACGAUUUGUCAAAGUUCUCAAGAUGAUCAGGGAAUUGAAAUCUCUCUAUUACCGUCAUUGUCUAUGGCAAGUGAACCAUGUCCUGUGGGCCCUACCGAAUCUUUUAAAGCGGUCUCUGAACCAGGAUCGUUUCUCGGCAUGCAAUUUCCGUCAUUCAACGAGACAAUGUUUGCCCACUACAAGAGUUCUCCAGACCCACCAAUCCAGUUGAAACAGGAAGAUGUAGAAACUGGGGAACAAUAUUUUUUGUCUGCAACAGGAAUCGAUCUCCAGCAAGACAAUGGAACAUCACCUGAAAUCCCAUAUUCCUCUUUGGAUUACAAAAGCGACGAAUUUUGGCUUCCGAACAGAAAUUCUGAAACAUCAAUUUCAGGGUGUGAAGAUUCAUUGGAAGGUGUCAAUGGAAAUAAUCAAACCGAUCAACUAAGAUUAUCGUUAAUGGAGCCUGUUGGGAUGCUUGAUGAUAAUGAAAAUGGUAAUCAUAUUGAUCAACAAAGAUCACCAUUAAUGGAGCCUGUUGAGAAGAUAGAUGAUGAUGAUGAUGAUGAUGAUGAUGAUGAUGAUGAUGAUGAUAAUGGUAAUCGAGUUGAUCAACCAAGAUCACCAUUAAUGGAGCCUGUUGGGAUGCUUGAUGGUAAUGGUAACGAUGCGGGUCUGGUAUUAUCUUCUAACUGCUUUGACAUGCAAGCCAAUGGGCCCACGGGUCUUGCAUUAUCUGCUGAUGGGUCGUCUGUGUUGGAAUCAGAUGAGCAGCAUCCUAUGAAAAGGAUGCGAAUGACGGAACCCCUUCUUGAAGGCGGGCCCACCUGUAGCUGAAUAUAGUGUUUGUUAUAACUAAUUUAUGUUGAAAUAUAUGUAGUAGUUCUCGUGAACAACCCGACACAUAUUUUAUUGGUAUCGACAGUUUACUUUUGUUUCUAGUGCUCAAGUUAUGGGUGGUUUAUUUAUUAAAGAAUAAGAUUGUUUAAUCGUUUAAA